UGAAGCAAGAAUGUGACAUUGUUAACCCCGCAAAUGUACAGGUAACAUUGCUCAAGAACACUGCUGAUCAAUCCUUACAACCACCAAGAGAGUCAAACGUCACUCAUGAGAGUAUAGGUGAGCUUGUAAAAGUUUUAGCAGAAGCUAUGUCAGCCAAUAGACUAUCUAUUCCAGAGCCUUCAGUGUUUAGUGGGGAUCCACUUAAGUUUAAGCAUUGGAAAGCCUCUUUUCAGACACUUAUUGAAAGAAAGAACAUUCCCACUGCAGAAAAGAUAUUUUUCUUACAGAAGUAUGUCGGUGGCUCUGUAAAGGAAGCCUGAGAUGGUUACUUUCUGAUAGGUACUGAAGAUUCAUAUGAAGCUGCAUGGUGUAUGCUCAAUGAUCGCUAUGGUGAGCCUUUUGUCAUUGCUAAGGCCUUUAGAGACAAGUUACACUCCUGGCCGAAAAUCACUGGAAAAGACAGUUCAGAGUUAAGAAAGUUUGUGGACUUUUUACAAAGUUGCCAAUCCGCGAUGAGUAACAAUGAGAAUCUGAACAUCCUCAAUGAUGGUAUUGAGAACCAGAGACUUACUGCUAAGCUACCAGACUGGUUAGGUAACAGAUGGAACAGAAAGGCCACAGAGUACCAGCUGGAGCACAAACAGUUUCCACAUUUCAGUUAUUUUGUAACUUUCCUGUCAAUGGAGGCAAGUAUUGCAUGUAACCCCAUUACAUCUUACCAAGCCAUAAGACAAAGUGACUUUGAUAAACCAAGGAUCAAGCUUCAACUCACACCUAUUCACAAGAGACAAGAUGCAGCAAAAAUCUUCACGACAAACACCAGUGAGAAAAGUAAAUUUUCCUGUGUGUUUUGUAAAAAGACAGGACACAGCUUACACAAGUGUCGCAUGUUUACAGAGAAACCAGUCGCUGAGAGAGUGAAGUUCAUUCAAACUGAGAAAUUAUGUUUUGGCUGUUUGAAUAGUGGUCAUCUUUCCAAGAACUGCAGUAACCGGAUGAAAUGUGACAUAUGUACAAAACGACAUCCCACAUGCCUGCACGAAGAAAGACAAAGACAAGAGACAAAACAAGAACAAGAACAACCUAAAGGACAACAAGCAAGUGAACAGAAAGCAAGUACUCAACAAGUAACCACACAGUCACAAGACAUUGUAAAUGAAAGUACGUCUAACAGAGUAACUCAUGAAAGCAGUAUUACACAGACAUCUGCAAUAGUACCUGUGUAUGUAUCCACACAAAGUGAGCCAAGCAAAGAAGUACUUGUCUAUGCCCUGCUGGAUACCCAGAGUGAUUCAUCAUUCAUUCUCAAUGAAGUAGCAGACAACUUAGACACAACUAAAACGCAAGUUAAACUCAAACUAUCUACAAUGUCAUCUAAGAAAGCAACAGUUCAAUGCACAAAACUUGAAGCUCUGCAAAUAAGAGGACUGUUUUCCAAGAAGAAACUCACUGUGCCGAUUGUGUACACACGUGACUUUAUACCUGCUAAUCGUAGUCACAUUCCUACUCCAGAUACAGCAAGGGCCUGGCCACAUUUGGAGCAUCUCACUGAAAACAUUGCUCCACCACUGGACUGUGAAAUAGGGCUUCUGUUAGGGUACAACUGCCCACAAGCUUUAAUGCCUAGAGAAGUUGUAUGUGGAGAAGAAAACCAACCAUAUGCUCAGAAAACAGAUUUAGGCUGGAGCAUAAGUUAUUGUAAUUCAUCUGAUGCAGUCAGUGAUGUUAUUGGAGUAAGUCACCGCAUCAUUGUAAAACAAGUAAUUCCAGAGACUGAACCAGCCUCAAAGCUGAAGAAUGAAGUUCACUACAUUUGCAAGACACAAAUAAAGGAAGUAACAUUUCCAGAUGUGCUCAAAGCACUUGAAUCAGACUUCACAGAAAGAGCAGUUGAUGAGACAAGUAUCUCACAAGAAGAUCUUCGCUUCUUAACAAAGCUACACGAAGGGAUUAAACAAAAGCAGGACGGACAUUAUGAAAUGCCACUGCCUUUCAAAGGUGACAGACCAAAGCUUCCCAAUAACAUGUCAAGUGCAAUGCAACGUUUAAACAGUCUCGAACGAAGACUCAAAAGGGAUCAACGGUACUUUACUGAUUAUGUAAAUUUUAUGGAGGACAUAAUCGCAUGUGGUGAUGCAGAAAAGGUGCCAGACGAACUCUGUAAUACCCCUGCCUGGUAUAUACCCCAUCACGGGGUAUACCACCCUCAAAAGCCCGGCAAGAUACGUGUAGUCUUUGAUGGCUCUGCACAAUAUCAAGACACUUCACUGAACGAGCACCUGCUUACAGGGCCUGACCUCACAAACACCUUGGUGGGAGUACUCUGUCAGUUUAGGAAGGGCUCAGUUGCUGUGAUGUGUGACGUGGAACGUAUGUUUCACCAGUUCCAUGUAACACCACAAGACCAGGACUACUUACGCUUUCUAUGGUGGGAGCAUGGUGAUUUGAGCUCUCAGCCCUCAGUCUUUCGCAUGAAGGUGCAUCUCUUUGGCGCCGCUUCUUCACCUGGCUGUGCCAACUUUGGUUUAAGACAUUUAGCCUCACAAGGUGAAACUCAGUUUGGCCCAAGCACAGUUAAGUUCAUUCAGAAGAAUUUUUAUGUAGACGAUGGACUUGUAAGUGUCACAUCAGAAGCCGAAGCAAUAAAACUAGUCAAAGAAGCAAGAGAGUUGUGCAGCACAGGUAAACUAAGGCUACAUAAGUUUAUAUCGAACAGUGAAAAUGUGAUUAAGUCAUUACCAAGAGAAGAGUGUGCUGAAAGUGUUAAGGAUUUGGACUUAGCACUAGGAGAACCAUUAAUGGAAAGAGCACUCGGUGUACAGUGGUGCAUUUCUUCUGAUAAGUUUCAGUUCAGAAUAACAGUGAAAGAGCACCCAAUGACCAAAAGAAGGAUUCUGUGCACGGUAGCAUCAGUUUAUGACCCACUGGGAUUUGUGGCGCCGUUCACCUUAAGAGGAAAGCAAAUCCUACAACAGUUAUGUCAAGAGAAAGCUGGUUGGGAUGAGCCGCUCUCAGACCAACUCCGAACACAAUGGGAAUCCUGGCUUCAAGAUCUUCAAAACUUGUCAAAAGUGAGAAUUCCAAGAUGUAUCUUACCACCAAACACAGAAAUUAAACAGUGUGAACUACACCACUUUUCGGAUGCCAGUGUCACAGGCUACGGACAAUGUAGUUAUUUAAGAUCAGUCACUUCCAAUGGAAAAGUUCAUUGUGCCCUAGUCUUGGGAAAGGCACGCGUAGCGCCAAGCAAGGUCACUACAGUCCCUAGACUUGAGUUAGCGGCUGCAGUAGUCGCAGCAAGGACAAGUCUAAUGUUAAGAAAUGAACUGGAAAUGGAUAAUCUGCAAGAACAUUUCUGGACAGAUUCAAAAGUUGUGUUAGGAUAUGUGAAUAAUGAUGCAAAGAGAUUUCAUGUGUUUGUGGCGAACAGGAUCCAGAGAAUUAAGUCACUCACAGAUCCAAAACAGUGGCAUCAUGUGCCAUCUGAAAGUAAUCCUGCAGACCAUGCAUCAAGAGGGUUAAGUGUUCAACAGCUACUCAAUUCUAACUGGUUUAAAGGUCCAGAGUUUUUGUGGCAAGGUGACCUACCCAUUGAAACGGACAAAGUUACUGAAGUUAUGCCUGAUGAUCCAGAGUUGAAAACAGUACAUGUGCUCAAUACCAAAGUACGACAAGAAAAGAGAACAAUGCUUGAUUGUCUCGCCAAAUUUUCAGACUGGAAAAGAGCUGUUAAAGCUAUUGCUCGUCUCAGAAAAUUUGUGAAGGAUUUCAAAGGAGUCACACAAACAAAAGGUGAAAACACAAGUGUUGAAGACAGACAAGAAGCAGAACUGUUCAUAAUAAAACUUGCACAAGAAAACACAUUCAGCAAGGAAAUCAAGGACUUAACUCAAGGAAAGGACAUUCAACUGAAGGACAAGACACACAAGUUGUACAGCUUAAGUCCCUUUGUUGAUGAGCAGGGAGUACUUAGGGUGGGAGGACGUUUAACAAGAUCAAGUCUUCACCCACACAUCAAACAUCCUGCCAUUAUUCCGAAAUCAAGUCAUGUCUCAACUCUACUCAUUAAACACUUCCAUGAGAAAGUGCAACAUCAAGGAAGAGGAUUAACUGUCAACGAGCUGCGCUCCAAUGGACUGUGGAUCACAGGAUGCAGCAGCGCGGUUGCUUCACACAUCUUCAAGUGCACUACCUGUAGACGGUACAGGAGAAAUACUCAAGAUCAACGAAUGUCAGAUUUACCUGAGGACAGAAUGGAAACAACACCCCCAUUCUCCUAUCGUGGUAUUGACUGUUUUGGACCUUUUUAUGUAAAAGACGGUAGAAAAGAACUUAAAAGGUAUGGUCUUCUUUUUACGUGUAUGUGUUCAAGGUCAAUACAUAUUGAAAUGUUAGAGGAUCUUACUAGUGAUGCUUUUAUUAAUGCAUUACGUUGUUUUAUUUCUAUACGUGGACAUGUAAGACAAAUCAGGUGUGACCAAGGCACAAAUUUUAUUGGUGCUAAGGGAGAGUUUUUGAAUGCGAUGAAAGACUUUGACAAAGAGCAGUUGAAACAAUACGGAUGCAAAUUUGUUCUCAACACCCCAUCUUCAAGCCACAUGGGAGGGGUCUGUCAGGCCUCCAAACAGCAGCUGCUCUUCUGUCUGAUCCGUUUGUCCAGCGGGUCGGUUUUCUUCUUCUUCUGUCAGUAA